AUGUCCUACAGCUGCUGCUCUGGAAACUACUCCUCCCUACCCUUUAGGUGCUGUCUGCCCUCCUCAGGCUCCUCCUGUGGCUCUUCCUACCCCAGCAACCUGGUCUACACCACUUCCAGCUGCUCUCCCAGCACCUGCCAGCUGGACUCCUCUCUGAACAGUGGCUGUCAGGAGACCUGCAUUGAGCCCAGCAGCUGCCAGAGGUCCUGUGUGGUGUCCAGCCCCUGCCAGAUGUCCUGCUACCACCCCAGGAGCUCCACACCCUGCAGUCCCUGCCAGGGCACAUAUGCUGGGUCUCUGGGCUUUGGGUCCAGCAGCUGCCAUUCCCUGGGCUAUGGAUCUAGAAGCUGCUACUCAGGUGGCUGUGGAUCCAGUGGCUUCAGAUCUCCGGGUUAUGGGUCCAGAUUCUACUGCCCAAUGUACUUGAAUUCUACAACAUCUCAACCUUCUUGCUAUAGAUCAAUCUGUGGUACUGGCUUCUAGAAUUCAGCUGUUAAAUCUCUAUAUUCCAGCAACAUCAAAAUCAAAUUAUGUCCUGUAGGCAAUAUUUAGUUCUCACCAUAUGUAUUUCCACUAACAGUUUCUUUCAUCGUCAACUUCUUUUAGAAUCUUAGAUCAAUGUGUAAUCUCUUAGUGUGUUGCAAAUUUUAUGCUAUUUAAAUAUACAUCUCCUAUUUCCUGUUUCAACCCUACUUGAAAAGUGAAAUUUUAAUCAAUAAAUUUGUGCAGUCUGAA